UUUUUAUUUUUUAACAAUUAAUGGUUUUUUUCAAUAUUAUUUUUUAUUUAUUUCAACUAUCACUUUAAGCCCUAUGGCAUUUAUUUUUUCAAUUUUUUUCAAAUUUUCUAACUAGUAAAUAGGCUCGGGUUCGAGGUCGCUUGGUGCCGGCUAUUUUUAAGACUGCUUUUAAACGUUCUAUUAGCUUCUAUUAAAGAUGGGCGUUUAUUAGAAUUUUUUUUUAAUUUUUUAACUUUUUGAACAAUUAACUGUUUUUCUUAAAUUUAUUUGUUUUUCAAAACCAAUUAAUUGUUUUUAUUUUUCAGUGAUUACCUAAUUAAUGGCUUCUCCAAGCUACACAACUUCUUCAAAUAUUCCAAUCCCUACCUAUCGAAGUAUUGGAAACAAAGUUAUUGUCCCCGUUGGAAAACCUGCAGAUCAUUGUUUAUUGGUGCCGGUUACGUCUGUGGUUACUCCUGGAAUUUAUAACAGCAGUGGAAUUAAUGAUAACAAUAAUGGAGGUGGUGGAGGUGAUAGUCCUUGGAGUGGGGCAUUUACAAAGACAUUUAUGAGAGGUGGCUCAUUAAGCAGUGCAAGCGGAAUGGAAAAUUCUUCUGGAGAAAAUAAUAAUAGAGGAGGAAAUGUUGGAUAUUUAUUGAGAGAUAGGCCUUUUACAAUGAUUAGUAAAUUGUCUGCAGAAUUUAUUGGAACGUUGCUUUUAACGUUUAUUGGUUCCCUUUCCGGUUUAAAUAUUAUAUCAAAUUCCAAUGCUGUGUUACAUGCUGCUUUUGCUCAUGGAUUGACCGUGUUUGCUUUGGUUUCUUCUUUUGGACAUAUUAGUGGUGCCCAUUUCAACCCAGCUAUUUCAUUAGCUGUUGUACUUGUAGGCAAAAUGAAGAUUUUAAAUGCUAUAUUUUAUUGGAUAUCACAGUUGGCUGGAGGAUUUUGUGGGGCUUUAAUUGUUAGGUUUGUGACAGACCAAAAACAAUAUGAUUCAAUUGCUGGUGGAGCUACUAUAGUCCCUCCUAAUCAACUUUGGUAUCAGGCAGCAAUGGUUGAAUUAAUUUUGACAGCAAUUUUAGCCCAAACAAUUCUUACAUGCGCUGUCGAUACAUCAACUGUUUCCAUUGCCCCUUUAGCUAUUGGAAUGACUGUUGCUUUGGAUAUAUUUGCUGGAGCCACACUUAGCGGUGCUUCAAUGAAUCCAGCAAGAUCUUUUGGUCCUUGCCUUGUUGCCAGCUAUUUUUUACAAAAUGGGCCUGGCACAAAAUUAACUGAUCCAAUUUGGACUUCUCAUUUUGUUUUUUGGUUAGGUCCUUUGUUGGGUGGAGUACUUGCCGCUUUUAUUUUCAAGACACUUUUAACUAGAGGAAACAACAGAAUAUGCCCUUGA